GAUUUUCAGGUGUUUGAUGUUUGCCUUUGAUUUGUUUGUUGUUUUUCAUUUCUUCUGAGUGAAUAUGUUUCUUUUUAUGGUGUUACUCAAUUUCCUUUCUCUGUGAAUUGAAAUUAUGGAUGAAGUCACGAUGUUUAGUAUAAAUGAUGGUGAUCAGCAGGUCAUAACUUCCCAGCCUGAAUCUUUCAAAAAAUUCAUUUUGAGUGAGGAUGGAGAAUUGAUAGAAUGUAAGCCAGGAAAAUCAAUGCCAAUGAUUGAUUUAGAUUCGCAUGAUAUCAUAAGUGGUGAUAGUAAUGAAACUUCUAAUAAUAAUGGGAAUCUGAACAUGGGAAACUUAGAAGAUCCCGUCCAAUUUGGUUUAAUGAAUUCUUUUGAUGAGGUGUCCGAAUUUGAGGAAAAUCUAAUGAAUGAGUUGGACUCAGACUUUUUGAAUAUGGUACCCAAUCACACAUCACAAUACAUCCAGCAGUAUAUGAAUAUACAGGAACCCCUUACAACAUUACGAAAGUUGAUAGAAAACCGUUUGGGAGUGGGUUUACAGGGAUACAUUUUUGCUCUUCAAGGUCUGCAGAUAUUGGAAGACGACAAAAAUUUGGUUGAACAAUGUGUUCAAGGAGAGGGUAUAGUACAAGUCAAUGUUCAAGUUCAAACCAAUUUGAAGAGGAUUAAUAUUGUCGAUGUUUUAAAACCUGCUGAAGAUUAUGUUUAUAAAGAUGAAAAUGUACAGAAAAAAUCAAAAAAUGAUGUCCCUGAACAACCGCAGGCCAGUGAGCAACAAAACAAAGCAAAGACAAAUAAAAAUAUAGCAGUGCAGUGGAAAGUUGAUGAUAACUACAAAAAGGAACAGAAAAGGUUGAACAUUCCUUUAAAUUCAAAAGAAUGGAAUACACUUCAUGUAAGGCACUGGAUACAAUGGGCAGUGCGUCAAUUCAAUUUAACAGAUAUCAAACUUAGUGAUUGGACGAUGGAUGGAAAACAUUUAAAUAAGUUGACAAUACAAGACUUUCAGAAACUUGUCCCAAAUGAUCCAGAAGAUGUAUUCUGGACUCAUUUAGAACUCCUGAGAUAACAACUAAGAAAGAUUUGAAGAUUUUGAACUACUCCACGGCUGUAAGAUAUUUUGACCCAGGAUCUAAUACUCCCAGUGGUAACAAGACUGGAAAUAAUGGGCAGAUUCAGUUAUGGCAAUUUUUACUAGAACUUCUCACAACACGGGAAUACAAAGCCGUCAUUCAGUGGAUUGGUAAAGAUGGAGAAUUCAGAUUGAACCAUCCUGAAAUAGUUGCUCGCUUGUGGGGUGUACGCAAAAACAAACCCAUGAUGAACUAUGAGAAAUUGUCAAGGGCUUUGCGUUAUUACUAUGAUGGAGACAUGAUUUCAAAAGUGCAUGGAAAAAGAUUCGUCUACAAGUUUGUGUGUGAUUUGAAACAGUUGCUGGGAUAUAGUGCAAUUGAGCUGGCCAAUUUAGUCAAAACUGGUAACCCAAAAGGAAAUCCAUUAUAAUUUCAUUUUUUGUUGAAUCCUAUUGAGUUGGCAGAUAUUCUUAUUGUCAAAAUAGAAAUAAUGUAAUAAUAAUAAUAAUAAUGCUAAUGUACAUAAUAUUGUGUAUAGUUAGAAUUUGUUCUUUGUAAAUAGUAUUACUACAUAAAAUUUUUAUAUUGAGCAUAAUAUGUAAUUUUUUGAAAUAUAAAUUUUAUUUUGGGUUUCAAAAAAAAA